GGGCCCCUGGUUCUGCGCGGGGCUGGCGCUGGGCCGUGAAUGUGAUGCUUGGUCCUUCCACGUUGGGUCCGGGAGUUACAGUGAGCGAUGGGGCGUGCAGAGUAAUUGAGAAACAGACACGUGUGUGCACGCGCUUGCACGCGCACUCACACACACUCACACACACACACACUCACACACACACUCUGUCUCCUAGAAAUGCUGGAAGAUUGUUUUCUGGCCCGUGUUUUGAUUAGUUUCCUAUUUGCCUCCUCCCCAGGCCUGGAGGGGUGUUUCCAGCUUUUACUGCUCUUCGCAUGUGGGCCGGCGGGUCCCAGUGGCGGGGAGUCUGAGCUCCUGCCCUCCUCACCCCAGGUCUCCCUUAUCAAAAAUCUCACCCCUUUAUAAGAGAUUGCGCCGCUGGGGCCAAACUUGCCGAGUCUUGUGUCCCUGAGAGCUUGGGGCUGCGGACCGAGGGCUCUCCCGGCUCGGGCUCCCGGCUGGGGUGUGGGGGCCGCCCAGCUAGACCAGGAGGAAGUCAGUGGCCUGUGCUUGGCCCGGGGACAGCCCUCCGGGCCCUGGGCCAGAGGGCAGGGCGGGGCGAGCAGGAGAUGGGAAGAUAUUUCAAAAGAAGGGCCCGAGGGGUUCGAGGACAAGAACUUGACUUUGCUGUUACGCUGCCUGCUGUGUAACCGGAGCCGGAGACUUCAGUUCCCAGCGCCUUGGUGUCUUCAUCUGCGACAUGAGGAGAUAAUCACUCAUUCACCAGAUGCUUGUAGCGAUUAAGACAGACGAGAGUCCGUGAAGGUGGUAGUCCAGCCAGGGUCCGAGCGCCAGCGAGGAGUGCUCUGGGGUUCGGACAGUCCCCCCUGGUGGCUGGUCGCCAGGCGGCAGAUCAUCACGGCUCAAACCAUGAAUUACGUCGGGCAGCUGGCGGGCCAGGUGUUCGUUACGGUGAAGGAGCUCUACAAGGGCCUGAACCCCGCCACGCUCUCUGGAUGCAUCGACAUCAUCGUGGUCCGCCAGCCCAACGGGAGCCUGCAGUGCUCCCCGUUCCACGUGCGCUUCGGGAAGAUGGGGGUGCUGCGCUCCCGGGAGAAAGUGGUUGACAUAGAAAUCAACGGGGAGUCUGUGGAUUUGCACAUGAAACUGGGAGAUAACGGAGAAGCGUUUUUUGUUCAGGAGACUGAUAAUGAUCAGGAAGUGAUCCCCAUACACCUGGCCACCUCCCCUAUCCUGUCCGAGGGAGCCUCUCUCAUGGAGUGCCAGCUAAAAAGGAACACGGUGGAUCGUGCGAGGAGCCUGGACUCGAACACGUCUGUGCAGGCUCUGACGCCCAGUGAGACCUCUUCAAGCAGCUCUGUUGUGAAGAAGAGAAGAAAAAGGAGGAGAAAGUCCCAGCUGGACAGCCUGAAAAGAGACGACACUGCGAACACAUCGGAAGAUGAAGACGUGUUUCCCAUAGAGAUGAGCUCCGAUGAGGAGGCAGACCCGCUGGACGGCAGCAGAACCCUCCCUAGUGAUAGCCCUCCAUUCCAAGACGAAGUUCCUAAGGAAGACCUGCCCCCACUGCGCACCUACUCCCAGUCGGCCUCUUACCCUAAUUCCGAUAGAGAGUGGACGCCCAACGCCAGUCCUUCAGGUUCCCGACCUUUAACACCUAAAAGCGAUUCAGAGUUGGUCAGUAAGUCCAUGGACAGACCGAAGAACAAUCUAGAAAUGCUCUGGCUCUGGGGAGAAUUGCCACAAGCUGCAAAGUCGUCUCCACACAAGAUGAAAGAGGACAGCCCGUUGAGCAGUAGGAAAAUCUACGACAAGAUACACUUUCAGGCCAUUCACAGCGAGUCUUCCGACACGUUCAGUGACCAGUCGCCGACACCGGCGGGGGCGCCCUCUGAGCAGGUGCUGUUCGAGCAGAGCAAGCCCGAGACAGAGAUGCAGUUCGUGAAUGAAGACGACAUGGAGGCCCUCGGGGCCGCGGCCCCGCCUCUGCCUGCGACGGAGGAGCCCAAGUCCCUCUCUGCUGGUGUGGCCCCGGCAGCGGGCAAGAUGGAUUCGCCUUCCAGGAAAAAAGACAAGCGGAGCAGACACCUCGGUGCCGACGGCGUCUACCUGGACGACCUCACCGACAUGGAUCCGGAAGUGGCUGCUCUGUACUUCCCCAAGAACGGAGACCCCUCCGGCGCCGCCAAGCACACCAGCGACAGCGGGCCCCGGUCAGCCAACCAGUCUCCGCAGUCCGUGGGCAGUUCCGGCAUCGACAGUGGCGUGGAGAGCACCGCGGACGGCGUGAGGGACCUGCCGUCCAUCGCCAUCUCCCUCUGCGGGGGGCUCAGUGACAACAGGGAGAUCACCAAAGAUGCCUUCUCGGAGCAAGCUGUGUCCUAUCAGCAGUUCGUGGACAACCCGGCCCUCAUCGACGACCCCAACCUGGUGGUGAAGAUCGGGAAUAAGUAUUAUAACUGGACAACAGCGGCGCCUCUGCUCCUGGCCAUGCAGGCCUUCCAGAAACCUUUGCCAAAGGCCACUGUGGAAUCUAUCAUGAGGGAUAAGAUGCCCAAAAAGGGAGGAAGAUGGUGGUUUUCAUGGAGGGGAAGAAAUACCACAAUCAAAGAGGAAAGUAAGCCGGAGCAGGGCUUGGCUGGGAAGAGCCACAGCACCGGGGAGCAGCCGGCGCAGCUGAGCUUGGCCACCAGAAUCAAGCAUGAAUCAUCCUCCAGCGACGAGGAACAUGCCGCCGCCAAGCCGUCCAGCACCAGCCACCUCCCUCUGUUGUCGAAUGUCAGCUACAAGAAGACCCUCCGCCUCACUUCAGAGCAGCUGAAAAGCCUCAAGUUGAAGAACGGCCCGAAUGACGUGGUCUUCAGCGUCACGACGCAGUACCAAGGCACGUGUCGCUGCGAGGGCACCAUCUACCUGUGGAACUGGGACGACAAGGUGGUCAUCUCUGACAUCGAUGGCACCAUCACCAGAUCAGAUACUCUUGGCCACAUUUUGCCCACCCUCGGGAAGGACUGGACCCACCAGGGCAUUGCCAAGCUGUACCACAAAGUAAGCCAAAAUGGAUAUAAGUUCCUCUACUGCUCAGCGCGUGCCAUCGGGAUGGCGGACAUGACGAGGGGCUAUUUGCACUGGGUCAACGAGAGGGGCACUGUGCUGCCCCAGGGGCCGCUGCUGCUGAGCCCCAGCAGCCUCUUCUCUGCCCUGCACAGAGAAGUGAUUGAAAAGAAGCCAGAAAAGUUUAAAGUCCAGUGUCUGACCGACAUCAAAAACCUGUUUUUCCCAAAUACAGAGCCCUUUUAUGCUGCUUUUGGAAACCGCCCUGCUGACGUGUACUCCUACAAGCAAGUCGGGGUGUCUCUGAACAGAAUAUUUACCGUCAACCCCAAGGGCGAGCUCGUGCAGGAACACGCCAAGACCAACAUCUCCUCGUACGGGAGACUCUGUGAAGUGGUCGACCACGUCUUCCCGUUGCUGAAAAGGAGCCAUUCUUCCGACUUCCCCUGCUCAGAUACCUUCAGUAAUUUCACCUUUUGGAGAGAGCCGCUGCCGCCCUUUGAAAACCAGGAUGUUCAUUCAGCCUCAGCAUAAAACGUUCCAAGCCUCCUGACACCCGCGAAGACCGGGCAGCCCAGGGCAGGCUGGGGUCUGGUUGCUGGGGAGCGGCGCUCAUCUGCCGAGGAACAGAGAGCAUUCAGGAGCGCUUCCUCCCCACCUCCCCAGGGCUGGCAUUUUGAAGUGAGAUGUGAGGGGUGCACUUGGUGGGAAAGGACUCGGGGUGCAGAGUCUUCCUCAGUUGUGGCUUAAAGCCAGCUGCCCUCUGCCUUCCCCAUCUGCUCCAGCCCUGGGGGUCGUGAAUGUGCCAGGUGGGCCGCGGGCACCGGGCCGCGGCGGCUGCUAGGGGUCCCCGCGAUGACAGUUAACUGAGGAUGAUGGGCACGACUUUGCGUAGAGUAGGGGGCACAUUUCCCUGAUUCUGUGCCCCUUCUUCAUGCACCUGGCGGGGGCAGCCCAGUGACCUGAAUCUCGGGUCUCUGAAGGGACCCCAAGCCCACUAUGCUGGGCCUCUGCCUUGCAGGUGUCCCUUUGCAGUGUUUGCGCAACGCUCGGACUUUUAGAAGUUCUUUAAUCCCUUCGAUUAAAGGUAACCUGUGUCACUGGCCUUUCCCCGUUUUUGUGGCUCAAGGCUGGAAUCAUUGGGCCUUGAGCCUUCGGUGGCCGACAUUUUAUUUCCUGGAAUGUGCUUUGCCCGGCUCUCUGCCACUCUGCCGCGCCCUCGCCUCCCAGUGCAGGGAAUACGAGGCAGGCGUCGCUCGGGUCAGGCCAGCAGGCCCAGCUGCCGUGUCCAGCGAGGCGGCGCCGAGGACACGGACUGGACCAGAGCUUGUGCCAAAUGCGAUGCUGUGAGCUGUCGGGGGCUCAGACAGCAGCGGGUUAAGAAAACCGUUUCAAGAAGUGGAAUUAUAUUCUCUGUAGAUCCUGUUCACUCCCUUCCCCUUCUCGGCAGACCCGUCACCGCUGCCCGUGCCCGAGAAGGCUCCCGGGAGCUGUUGGCAGCGCCUGGCUCUGCGCGCCCCCCGCUUGCUCCUGCCUUUGGACUUGCAAGGGCCACCUCCCUUCUCAGCUCCCCCACGCACACUGAGGCCAUGCGGACAGGGAGUCAUCCGGUGACGUGCGCUCGGCCCGCAGGAGACAGUUCUCUUACCUGUUUAUUGACCUGGCUUGUGGCGAGUGCAGUUUGGAAAGUGAAACAAUUAUUUUGGUAAGAGAUUUUGCUUCUUGAAGUGUGAUAUUUUUUUAAAGAGAGUUUUACUCCACUGGUCGACUGGCUGUGCUCGCUUACUUACAUUGUCAGGUCAUGGGCGGCCACACAGAGCGUUUGAAUGAAACUUUACUCUUUCUGUGAAAGAAAACCCAGACGUUGCGUUGCUGUGGCCGACGGGCACGCGGGCCCUUGCGGGCAGUUUUCGCGGCCACGGCCCGCGUGCGGCUCCUGCAGGCCGCCUGGAAGCGCUGGUGUGGUUUCCCUUUUGAGGGCAUCACAAAGAGUCAUGAGCCUUUGUUACUCUGGGCCCAGUCACUAGUGGCCUGGGGAGGCUGCGUGAGUUGGUUCCGUCAGGAGGGUAUUUUCAGGGAAUUUGGACCUUGGUGACUGAAACCUCAGCUCAGGGGCCUGCAGAGGCCUAUCCGCUUCUCCCUGCUCUGGUUGGCGUUGGGCUGUGAGUACGGCCGGCGCUUCCCCGGUGCCUUCCCAGCGUCCCUCUCUAGUGGUGGGGCUCAGACCCUCAGGGAAAGGCGCGCUCGGUCUGCGUCAGGUCCAGACAGGAGAGGCCCUGCGGCUCUCACACCUGCCUGGAGGGGAGGAGGCGCAGCGCCCGUGCCCGCUCGUGCUGUGCUGGGACUGCGCCUGUCCAGCUUGCCCCGUGGGAAUGAACCGCUCCCCCCUGCCGAGUCCCCAGACGGUCAUCCCAUGUGAGGAGCCAAACACAGACGCCCGGAGGAAGGUUUAUCCGCGAUACUUAGUACUUUGAAGAAAACGAUUGCACCUUCAGAGAAAAUUCCCUUUUCAAUGUUAGGUUUGGAUGAUCACUUCAUACACACGCGAUUUCCACCUCUUGAUCUGUAGCCUCUAUGCUGGUGCAAUGAUAAAAAUCACUGUAAUACUUCACUGUGCUGUGCUGGCUGCAAAGCUAGGAAAUACUGUAAUAAACGAGACGGAUGAAAGAUGCAGGCGUGUGAAUUUUAAGUCAUUUUUGCUAAGUCACUGGGCUGCUGAUUUCUGGUGU